AUGAAGUCAGUCGUAUUAUUGCUUUUAAUUGGUCUUGUUACUAGGUCCCUAGCAGUCGAUUACUGUUCCAAGGAUCUUUGCGGAAGUUCAACGCAUAUUGCUUGCAAUAACACUGGGGAUUUUGCAGAAACCUGUUCAAGUGAUCGAGAUCUUGUAGAAAUCACUGUCGCAGAUAGAAAGGCUAUUGUUCAACAUCACAAUCAACUAAGAAAUGAUAUGGCCGCUGGUAAGUUAGAAGGUUUCGAACAAUCUCCAAGAAUGGCCUCAAUGCAGUGGGAUGCCGAAUUAGCCAAACUUGCUGAACUGAACGUAAAAACUUGCAAAUUUGCCCAUGACGCAUGCCACAAUACCGUCAGAUUCCCCUAUUCUGGACAAAAUUUGGGCGAAUUACUGUCAAAUUUCCCACACUCUGCUACAACACGAGACAUGAUGAUUUCACUGAUUGAUUCUUGGUGGUCGGAAAAAAAGGAUACAACAAUGAAGGAAAUUAAUGAAUAUCCUAGAAAUUUCAACCAUGUUAUUGGUCAUUUUACGGUAAUGGCUGUUGAAGAUAAUAACAGAGUUGGGUGUGCUGCUUCCACUUUUAGAGAUCCAGAUGUUGACAAUUAUUAUGCCUUUUUAUUUGCAUGCAACUAUGCGAAGACAAAUAUUAUAAAUGGAAAAACUUAUUCUACUGGAAAUGCUGCAAGUAAGUGUAAAACUGGCUCAAAUCGAAAUUUCAAUUCGCUAUGUUCAAUCAGAGAAAAAUAUUAAUUGGUAAUGAAAUCAAUAUUUAAACUACU